UCUCACAGAAGAAAAGAAGCUAGAGGACCUUUAUUCAGUGUGGUUUUAGCAAAAUACAGAUGUGGUAGUUUUACUGUAAAUAGCAUAAUGAAGGAGUUUUAUGCAUCAGUUUUUGGCUGCAUUUUGGUUUUGGGGCUGCCUCUCAAUGCUGUGUCCCUGUGGAUUCUACUCUGCUACCACGGCCUGAAGUCGCCUAAUGCAGUCUUCAUGAUCAACCUGGCAAUCUCAGACCUUAUGCUUGCCAUCACCUUGCCUCUGAGGAUCUACUUUUACGCAACAGGAACAUGGCCAUUGGAUAAAAUGAGUUGUGUUUUUAUCACAAUGCUGUUUCGCAACAACAUCCGCUCCAGCUCCAUCUUCAUCACGUUCAUCAGUGUGGACCGGCUGCUGGCUGUGGUUUUUCCGCUAAGGUCACGGCACAUACGAACCCCAUCUAACGCUGUAAAAGGAGCUGCUUUCGCUUGGCUCUGUGUUGUGUUGAUGAAUAUCCCAGAGGGCGUCAGUUUUUCAAGAUAUCUGAACAGUAAGAAUGAAUCGACUUGUUUUGAAUCUGUUUACUCUGGUGAUUCAAAAAAGCUUUCACCCAUUGGCUAUAUUCAGGCCACGCUAAUCCUCGUCAUGCUGGCUGUCAACAUUGGAUGCACUGCCAAGGUAUUUUGGACCCUUUGCCAUCAACUCAGUGACUCUAUGAAUGUGAACAGCAAGAUGAAGGUGAUGGUGCUUUUUGUUCUGAACUUGGUCAUGUUUAUCAUAUGCUUUGCGCCCGUGUCAGUCAUCCCAUUAAUACAACUUACUAAUUCUGAUAUCACACCUGUGGUAUGUCUCGCUACUGUGAACUGCUGCUUGGAUCCACUGUGUUAUUACUUCUCCCUUGAUGCCUUCUGGAAGAAAAGUGAGCAAGAUGACGUGAAAAUAGAAAUUAGGACACAUGAAACGGAGUGAGGUUCAUCAUGCUUUACCUUUUUUGUUGUUUUUGCUGAGUGUUUGUUGGGACUAUUUGUUUUCUUUUAUAUAACCUUUUGUUUGUUUGUUUUUUCCUCUCUGAAAGUAAGACCCAAAUAGAGCUGCGCUUUUAGAGAUGUGUUUUACGUUAUAGCAGCAGAGCCGUAAUGUAGCUUUCUUGGAUGAUGUCAGAUUUAAGCCAGUCUGCAAAACCAUUACAGAACUUGUAGUUUCCUUCCAGUUGGUUUUUGUUUUGGUUUGUAAAUCAAUGUCUAGACUCUCAAAAC